UCUGAUCAGUGUCGUGUCCUUCCUUACCUACCCUCCCCUUGUCCUUCCUUGCCUUCAAACUGUGUGGACAAUGAAAAGACAGAGCAUGACUGAUUGAUAUCUGGAAGAGUAGUUUUGAUCAACAGACUGUUGCUGUCACAGGCGGACGCCUCACUACCAUGGCUCUUCUAUCUAGGGUUUCAUGGAUUUGCACUGUACUGUUAUUGAGCUACAUUUGUUUUCCUCCACAAAAAGGCUACAGUUUUGCACAUGGUUACUCUCCCCAUAAUGAUGCAUACAGAAGCCAUGUAGACAUGUAUGAUCCCCUAAACUCAUACCACGACUCUGGUCACACGUAUGGGAGCGAUCCAGUCUACUAUGAAGACAGUGAGGAUGCUAGUUUUGUUGCUAGCUCUGUUACUAGCCUAAGUGAAGAAAUGGUGCACAGUAGGCCAGACUCAGACCACGAGGCAGAGCUGUUGAAGGCAGACCCCUCUGCUCCCUCUGUGCUGAAGUCUGACCAUGAAGCUUCAGGUUCUCAGCACCCGUUUGGUCUUUUGCUGAAAGAGCACACUCAAAGGAAAACUGCGGAAGGCGUCAGUUUCCCAACAAUGAUGGAUUUAAAAAAGUUUAUAGACCGGAUGAAAAGCUCCUUCUUAAAACCAGGCAGUGACGUUGGUAGACACUUCCAAACAGCUCGGGAUGUUAUGAAAAACAAGAUAUCUUCUGAUGCUCAGAUUACUGAAGAAGUGCCUGACUCCUUGAAUACACCUGAUUCUGCAGAAGACGUCAAAGAGCAGGAUGAGGCAGAUGGAGAUGAAGUUUGGAGUGACUCUAAUAACAUGCAGUUUGAAGAAAGUGAAGAAGGUCCAGACUACCAAAUGCAAGGUGAAAGCCUCUCUCUUCAUGAUCCUGUUGACCCCGCUGCAAGUUUCAUUACUAACGGAGCUUAUUAUAACCAGGGACAAGACAUGGACUCUGCUUUCUAUCAGCACUACCUGUUAGCAGAGCAUGCUUCAAAUGAAAAUGAACAGCCUGACCAUGUUGGGGAUACUUUUAUAGAUGCUCCUCAGUCACAAAAUUAUGAAGUUUGGACAACACACUCUGAGUUCCCUGAACAAAUCCCCUCUGACUCAUUCUUUGGAGAGGAUUUUUCUUUCCCUCACUCACCAGAUUAUAGCUACCAUUCAAGCAAAACAACAAAUAUGCAAUCUAUUACUGCUGAGAAUAAUAUCCAACCACCAAAAUACACACCAUAUGAUACAGGCAAUGUAGAAGAGCAUUAUUAUCCAUCAGCUGGUAGGGAAUUUAGUCAAGAUUUCCAAAAGGAUGAAGCAGCCAGUGUGACUGAUACCACCGUCAUGCCUGCACCAAAGCCUGAAUCUUUAAAUUCAUAUGGCAAGAGUGUAUAUGUUAAUGCACCAAGAGGUCAACUACCCAUCCCAGAGUAUGAACCAAAACAAAGGGAAAUACCAGCCCCAACAUUUCCAUCAUAUCAACCAGCUGUUGGCCAGGAGUCUGUUGCUUUUGUUUCAUUGAGUUCUGAAAACCCCUCUUCAGAGAGUAUAAGUGGUCGUGUGGGUGCUCUAACAAGCAGCCCACAUUAUAUUGCUGUGAAACCUCCCAGCCAUUAUCUUGAUGGUAAUCACAGAGAGCACCCAGUCCAAACAUUCAUCUCACCUGCAAAGGUUGAAAAGGAGGAGAAAUUAAACCCCACCGUUCAGAAUUUAAUCUCUGCCACCCAGAAUCAAAAAACAAUCACGGACAAUUUCCUGCCUUCAAAUUCUGUUGGCUCCGACUCCAAGGUCAGGAUCUCAUCUCAGGUUGGAACUGGUUAUUCAAGUUUCAACUCGUUUAUAAACUUGGCUCCAGCAUCAGAGACAACCUUUUCAAGACCAGCUGGCCACAAAGUCAUGUCCAGAAACUUGGGUCUCCAAAAUGAAUUGUCUGGUGGACACUUUAGGUUCCUAUCUGGGGAUGUAUUUGGUGCUAAAAGACACCUGGGUUCAUUCCCAACCCCAGAAAAACAAGGCUUUUCUGUGAAUGGAGGCUAUACGAGUGCAGUCAGAGCUGGCCACUUUCAGACCUUCAUUCAACCAAAUGAAGUUUGGAAGCAUCCAUCUUUUGUAAGAAAGGAGCGCAAAACAAACAAGGCCUUCCAGUAUCUGAGACCCCUGUCUGCCUCCAGUGUUUCUGAUUCUACUGUAAGGGGUCUCUUUUGGAGGACAGGUGUCAACACCCAGAGGCUUCCUCCACAGACGGGUGCUGUUAUGUCACCCCUUUCUUCACACUCAUACACUGUGAAAUCAGAAAAUAACUAUUCAAGAGGCAAAUUAUCUCAGUCAAAGACUUAUUAUGACCCAAAUCAGCUGAAUGAAAGCCGGUAUUCACAACAAGGGAAUCCAUGGCAACAAAAACACAAGGGAGCUGCAGUCUUUGGGGUGUAAGGAUUUGAAGACCUGUGAUGGAUAGUCAACAUUAUUCAAGAGAAAGGAAAGGUGGGAUCGCUUGUCGUCACCUGGAAGGAAAAUUAAGUUGCUAAAAUUCAACCCACAUCUGUCUAAUCAGUAAAGGCACUGAAUGUUUUACAGCUUUCUGUCUCUUGUCAUAUUUGUGCCACAUAUUAGCAUCUUACCAUCAGUAAUGUGUUACAGCUAGCAUUCUUUAUGUGGUUCCAAAUGUCGUGUUCAGUGAAGGCAAACAUUGCAGGCAGUAAAAAGCUAUUGGCUCAUCAGUUUCUCAGAACUGUUUGUAGUAUAACUGUCAGGAGAAGUGUUUUAAACCUUUUAAAUAAAUUAUUGAUCUAUUA